AUGUGUGAUAGGUCAGAGAAGGAGAGCCUGCAAAGCAGCCUGCUGGAGGCACAGCAGCACAUACGGGAGCUGGAGAUGGCCAGGAGCCGUGUGGAAGCCCAAGUGCACAGGGCCUGGCAGGCCAAGGAGGCGAUACUGGAGGAUGUGAGGGGCCUUCGUCGUGAGCUGCUGGCUGAGAGACAACUGGAAGAGCAGCAUGUGGAGGCACGGAAGCAGCUGGAGGAACGGGCAAACUUCCUGGCAGAGAUGCUGCAGGAAGAGCAGCGUCAGAAGGCUGCUGUCAUCCACAAGGUGUACCAGCUGCAGAGAGAGCUGAAGCAAAGUGAGCAGCUGAGGCAGAAGUUGAAUGAGCAGUGGCAGAACGGGCAAGUCAUGCUGCAGGCUGAGCUGCAGGAAGCUGAGAGGAAGAUGAGGGCAAUGGAGAAGAGGCACCAAGAGGAAAUGGAAAGGAUGCACAAGGUCCUGCUGCAGUGCAGGCUGGCUGAAGAAAAGCAGGUGGACGCAGGAUCUGCCAUCGAAGCUGCUGGUGCAGCAGCAUCCUGCCAAGAAGCCUCCUCUCCACAGCCUGAAAACCAGAGCAUGAGCAGCUCGGCCCGCUCAAGCCAGGAGAGAGAGAAGUACUUCCUGAAGCUGCUGAGGGGUGUGGUGAGUGUGGAAGAUCCAGAAAAGAAGUACACUGGAUGGGAACAUCUUGGCAGUGGGGGCUUUGGAGCUGUUUAUAAGGCCUUCGACACUGCCACAGGACAAGCGGUGGCUGUAAAGGAACUUUAUCUCCAGCACCAGGGCUGUGAGGGAAUAUUAAAAGAAAUCCUGCUCAUGAGAGAAAAUAAGAACGCCAAUAUUGUCAGCUACUUAGAAAGCUACCUUGUGGAUGAGGCUGUCCUGCUGGUGUUGGAAUAUAUGGAUGGAGGCUCCUUAGCUGAUGUGGUCACUGUGAGAAGGAUGGCUGUAGGACACAUAGCAACAGUGUGUCGGGAGUGCCUUCAAGGCCUGGCUUUCCUUCAUGCCAAGCAGGUGAUCCACAGAGACAUCAAAAGCGACAACAUCCUUCUGGGCCGGGAUGGCUCCGUCAAGCUGGCUGAUUUUGGCCUCUGUGCUGUGCUCAGCCCUGAGCACAGGAAACGGAGGUCGAUGGUCGGGACCACUUACUGGAUGGCACCCGAGGUGGUGAGAAGAGAGCCUUACGGCCCCAAAGUGGACACCUGGUCCCUUGGCAUCGUGGGAAUAGAAAUGGCCACAGGAGAGGCUCCUUAUAUGCAGGAGACCAGUGUCAAGGCCAGCUACCUGAUAGGCAAGCAAGGGGUUCCAAAUCUGCACCAGCUCAGGCUCCCCCCUGGCUUGUGUGAAUUUCUGGGCUGCUGCCUGCAGAUGGAUGUGGACAGGCGAGGCUCUGCCAAGGAACUUCUGCAGCAUCCAUUUCUGCAAUCAGCGGAGCCUCUCUUAAGCCUCUUCUGACAGCCUGAUUGCUGCCAUCCCUGCAGCAAGGGAAUGCAGGAAGCAAAGGAGAUGACAAGGACCACUUCAGCACUGGAGAACAGAGCCUCUGAGAGCACGUAGGAAUCCAGAGGAGAGAGGGGCCGGGAAAGCGGCAGCCAUCAGAGCAGGAAAGGAAGGUGGCAUCUCCUUUUGUCCCACCUGCUGAUCCUCCUUCUGAAUUUCUGGUUUGGACAGCAUUGCUGGAGGGCACAGACACUACUGAUGUGCAUUUUCUGGUGGAGGGUGGUGUGAGGCAUGAAGCUUCCACUGAUUAUUUGGGGAACUUGGCUGGAACUUCAUUGGAAGUGUCUUCCUCCCCUCACCAGGAGCUGGAAGGGCAGCGUUUGGAGGCACAACAACUGCUGGCACAACGGGCAAACUUCCUGGCAGAGGUAGAGAAGGAGCAGGAGAAAAGGCUGCUUGAGAUGAAGCAGGAAGUUGCCACCAUGCAAGCUGACCAAGAAGAGAAAAUCAGCUCCAUCUCAGAACCCCACCAACACCAGUCAAGCGACAUCUCUAGGACCUUCUGAGAGACGCUCUAGCAAGACCUGCUCAGAAACGUCCUCUGGCUUAUGAAUUUACCAGUCCUGUGAUGAGCAAGAACAGGAGAAUUGGUCACCAGCCCAGUCAUGUCCAGGCAGCAGCUGGUGGCCACUUUUCUUCCUUCCUUUUGUCUUCCACAUCCCUUUGCUCUUUGGACAUGCUUCCAAGUUUUGGCUCCAUUUCCCCCUGCACUCAUGUGGUGCAAAAACGAGAGAAAUUUCAGAGUUCCAUCAUCCCAGUGCCUGCCAGGGUGCAGAGGAGAUCCCCAAUUCAAACAGGAAGAAAAAGGAAUUGGGAAGACUGAAGCAGUUGCAUCCCUUGGAUUUCGAUGAAGGAAAAAGAACAGAUACUUCCAUUGCCUCCACAUGCUCUGCAACAAGCAACCAAGCAGACUACUUGAG